AAUGUACUGCUUUGCUUUCUUACUGCAAACAAAUACUCUCCCUCACUCCCAAGUCCCCUUCCCCUUCCCCAUCCCCUUCCCCACACACUCACUACUCAUUACCUUUUUUUCUCAAUCUCGCCGCGAAUUCCUCCCCCUUCCCUUAAAUCAAAUCUGAUUUUGUCUUGUCCGGAUUCUCUCUUCUUCUUUUGACCGCCAAGAUUGGGCUACUCUUCUCUCGUUUUUCAGGGAAUGCACACGCUCUCGGGGGCAAGGCCAACUCCAACUCCAACUCCUCGCUCAGAAUGUUGGGAUUUUUAGUUAGAAAAGAUGUCAGAAAAAUUCUCAAGCGCAAGGACAGUGAUGCUGGCGAAAGAGGAAGAGCCUUGGAGGAGCUACGGGCUUCCAUGUUCAACAGAUUACGGUCAUUCGGGGGAUCCAAACGUCAACAGCAAUCACUUUGGAGGCCAACUAUUGCUCUUACAUUUAAUUUUUUGGUUUCUGUCGGUAUUAUCUUGAUGAACAAACUGGUACUCGUAAAUGUUGGGUUUAAUUAUCCAAUUUUCUUAACUUUUAUUCACUAUGUAUGUAGUUGGUUAAUAAUGGCACUUUUAAAAGCCCUAUCUAUCCUCUCUUUAUCUUCUCCACCAAAGCCCACAAAAUAUUCUUCAUUGUUGUCACUCGGUAUAGUUAUGUCGCUCUCCACUGGCCUCGCGAAUGUUAGCUUAAAAUAUAAUAGCGUCGGGUUUUAUCAGAUGGCCAAGAUUGCUGUGACCCCUGCUAUUGUUUUAGCUGAGUUCAUUCUCUUCAGUAAAAAAAUUUCGACUCGAAAGGUGAUUGCACUUACUGUAGUAUCGAUUGGCGUUGCUGUCGCCACGGUGACUGAUCUCCAGUUUCAUUUUUUCGGUGCUUGUGUGGCGGUAGCGUGGAUUGUGCCAAGCGCUGUUAAUAAAAUAUUGUGGUCUAAUCUCCAGCAACAAGACAAUUGGACUGCUCUCGCCUUAAUGUGGAAGACCACACCUAUUACAUUGUUUUUCUUGGUGAUGUUGAUGCCAUCGCUGGACCCUCCCGGUGUUCUUUCUUUUGAUUGGAAUCUCUACAAUUGUGCUACUAUCGGUGGUUCGGCUGUUUUGGGCUUCUUGCUUCAGUGGUCCGGUGCUCUAGCUCUCGGGGCAACCUCUGCGACGACCCACGUUGUCCUCGGACAGUUCAAGACAUGCGUCAUUCUUCUGGGAGGGUUUUUUCUGUUCGGGUCGAACCCGGGGCGGACAAGCAUUCUGGGAGCAGGGACGGCGCUGGCUGGAAUGUCGUUCUACACGUACCUGAACUUGCAGUCGAGCAAGGCGAUGUUGUCGACGCUGCCGCUGUCCAAGUCGAAGCUGAGCAGAGAGAAUGGAGAUGGUGAAGAGGAGCACAGUUGAAACCUCAAUAGACCUCUCCUCUCCUGCUAAGUGCUAACUAUUCAAUAAAUUUAUUGAUUAACAGAUGUAUCUGCUGUGCUGUUGUGUGCAAGUCUUAGUUUUAGAGUUAGUAUUAGUUUUUGGUUGAUUUUAUUGUGUAAUUCCAAUGUUCCAUAUCGUAAUUAUUAUUAAUUUUGUAACUGAUUCUGUAUUAUUGGGUUUCUUUUCUUAUCACUUCUCGUGCCUGUAUUCUUGCUCUAA